AUGGCCAAGCGCAUGGUUCAGGAGCUCCUAUCUGUGUGGCGCGUCGGAUUUGCCUUUCAGCGCCUGUUCCGUGAUCCCCGUCCCAGGCAGGGGCGGCAGUUUCUGGUCCCCGAGGUCUCCCGCGUUCUGCCAGACCCGCAGAUGGUGCUUGGAACGAUUCAGAGCACGAUGUCUGCCCAGCAGCGUGUGUCUCCGAAGGGGCAGCUUCAACCGUACAUGUUCAUUCAGAAUCCACUGUGCUCCUUCGCCGUGGUGGACCUGGGCGACGUUUCACGAUUGGAGGAGAAGAGGUACCAGCGCCUCUUCCUUGUCGAUUGGCCCGGCGAGGGCGUGCUCCACACGAAGAUCCUCAGUUCUUUGCAGACGCUGCUGGAGGGCAAAGUCGCAUCAGGCGGUCCCUUCCGCCUGGUCUAUCGCAGCGUGGAAUACGCAGACGGUGAUCCGGCCUGGCGUGCAGUUGCCCAGUUCUUCGGCCUUUGGCCGGAGCCACCAGCUCGGCCUGCGUAUCACGGCAUCGUCAGGCUUCCGUGGCGCGACACGGUGAUUUUCCUUGUUCCCUCCUCCACUCUCCUGGCGAGCGGCGAGACUCGGGAGGAGGUGCUCGGCGAGGAGGAAGAUGCGAGAUUCGACCCGCUGCUGCCACCGUUGGCCAGUCAAAUCGUCGACCCCAUGCUUUUCACUCUGGCUUCUCGGCCUAUCUUGGCGGCUCCUGCUUCGGAGAUUGCAGCAGCGGAGCUUCCAGGCGCUUCCUGCUCCAGCUACUGCGAGGAUCGCGGCUUACGCUGCCUGGCCGAGGACCUGCCCUUCAUCAACAGUUGCGACGCCCUCUCUGCCAUCAUGGGAUGCAGGAUCUGCGAGCCGGGUGAGGGGUCGGACCAUCCCGCACAGGAAGUCUUCACCACGCGAUCGGGACGAUGUCUCCACAACACCAACUUCCGACAGUUUCCGCUGACUUGCGACGCAUCGCACCCGGACACGCGGCGACUCUGCGUUUGCAGGAGCAUUCUGCUGCCCACAGAGGGUCGGCCAGAGGUGCCUAGAUUGCCAACGACGUCGGGUCCCACGACGCAAACGGUGACGCAUCCGCAUCGGCCAGCCCUGGCCACCAAUCCCGACGCCGUGGUGCCUGUCGUGGUCGUUGCGACCGACUCCCGUCCGCACCACCUGCAGCGCUGCUUGGACUCCUUGGCCAAAGCUGAAGGCUACGUGCCGACCCUGGUUCUGGUCUCCCAGGAUGGUGAUGGAAGGCGUGUGCGGGAUGUAGUCAUGGCCCAGGGAGUUCUCGGACAUCAGCUGGACACAGGAAAGAAACCUCUUGGUGAGAAGUUGGCCCUUCACUACUCAGAGGCCUUGCAGUAUGCCAUCGAAGGACCUUUCAAGAAGUUUCCAGCCGUUGCCGUGCUGGAGGAGGACGUCAUCGUGUCGGCGGACUUCUUCCUCUUCUUCCAACAACUUCGGGAGGUCUUAGUGGAGGAUGACUCCUUGCUCUGCGUCAGCGCAUGGAACGAGGCUGCUCGCGGGCCUUACGCUGCCCGACGGUCACGGCUGCUGCGCGUCGACAGCUUCCCGGGCACUGCCUGGAUGUUUGCUUCCCAACGGCUGAUGCGUGACUACUUGCCCCGUUGGCCACGGAACUCCUGGGACAAACACCUUCGUAAAUCGGCCGGUCGACAGGGAAGACAGUGCAUAGUCCCCGAGGUGGCUCGCGCCCGGCGCAUCGGCGAAGGGCACGUGGAUGGCCGGGUAUCGGCAAAGACGUACACGCAACAGUCGGCGGAGGUGUUCGUAAGUCCUCGGGAAGAGGAGCUGGCCGAAGCAGAACUUGGGGCAGCUACGCUGAAACUGCGGCGCGAGGCCUAUGCCGAGAGCUUUGCCGGCGAGCUGCAGCGGGCCGCAUUGGUCCAGGAGUUGGACAAGCUGCCGUCGCCCCUGACUCUGCAGGAAGUCAGACCCCCUUUGCCUGGUGGCGGAAGCGGCUGGCGCUUGCAUUACUUGAGUGACAACCCCGAGACUGACGGUGUUUGGCGCUACGUGGCCCGUUUCCUUCAGCUGCCCGAAAGUGCGCAGCCACCAUGCAUUUUCGAUGGCGUCACCAAGUUGCCCUGGGGCCCAGGUUUCCUCUUCCUCGUCGCAUCAUCGAGCAGCCUGGCGCUCCAGGCCCGGCUGCGGCCGCUUCCGGCGAAGCCACUGGCGCCGGAGGCAAUGCGCCACUUCAUGUACUGCGAGCGAUGCGAGAAGAACCACGGCUCGGACCAGCCAGCCUUGGCGAGUCAGCGCAGCAGCCCCUCCUAUGGGGCCUGUCUCUUCAAUGGAGAUCAGCUCCGCGAUCCCAUCACAUGUGGAGCAGCGCAUAGGGAGACGCAGCGGCUCUGUGUGUGCCGGCUCCCACAGCAAGAUGCGAUGGACGAAUCCUCCGCCACCACAGCAUCGCCGGAAGAGACGACGAUCAGGAGCUCAAGCGCCGCCUUGCCGUCGACCAGGGUGCCGGGAAACGCCUCGAGUCGACUGAAGGUCGCCCGGUCUACGUCCGUUGCCAUUCCAACCAACACAAUGGCCACGACGGCCCCUCCAAUGCCGGUGCUCCGGACAAACCGGAGUGCGCAAGACUCAGUCGCCUUUGACACUCCAGCUGCCACGCUGGCAGAAAACCGUACAAAGGUGGCACCAUCGAGCCUUCCCCGCAAGGGCAAACUGAGCCUGCAGUUGGCCAGCCGAGCGGCCCAGGGUGCUUUGCCCAACGCAUCCACUGGCAUUUCUUCUACGGCCAAGGUCAAGGCUCCCUCGACAGAGCCGACAGCGCCGUCUUCAUUCGAGGCGGUUGCCAACACGACGGCUGCGACUGAGCCGAAAGCCUCACGGUCGAGCGCAGCGACUGGGCAGGCGGCCGCCAACACGACGGCUGCAGCUGAGCCGAGAGCCUCACGGCCGAGCGCCGCGCCUGCCAACACGACGACUGCAGUUGAGCCCACAGCCACACGGCCGAGCGCAGGAUGA